AUGGCUAAGACAGUCCACCAGGUCAGUCGGACUGUGGGCUCGGUUUGUGGCCUGGAGCCGAAGACCGCCUUGGCGGUUGAGAUCAUGAUGGAUAACCUUGAACGGCUCCCUCGGAGAGCCGGGGAAAUGGUGGAUAACCUUGACUACGCGGACGAGAGGUCCAGCCAACGUGAUCUCGAAGACGAUGAGCCUUCGUCGUCACCCGCCGAGUCGUUUUCCAAGCUAAAGCACGCCGAAGACAACACGCUCGCGGUCGGUGCUUUUCUCAAGCACCGCCACGAUAAGGUCUGGCCUACAGGCUCCGCGAAGAUCACACCUACCAGCAAAGACGAUGACAAGGGCUACAUCAAGAGGUUAAAGGCUCGCCGCGUCUUAAUGCACCCAACACUCGACUGCUAA